CCGUCUCUCUCAGUCUUUUCACGGGUCUGAUCGGGACGGCUCGGAAUAACCGGAUUAUUAUCAGGAUUCGUUUAUGGAGUGGGUUUCCGUUGGUAAAGGCGCGAAACUCGAGUUGUUUAUUUUAAAUCUUUACGCGCGUUCUCUUUGAUUCGAGUUCGUCAUGAGCGAGUCGGAAAACCCGAGCGAGUCUAAACUCGAGGCGGUGAUUCAGAGGCUGGAGGAGAGCGUCCUGUCCGAGGAGAAGCGGCUGACGGUUCGAGGGUCUUCUCCAGAUGAACCUGUGUCUAGUUUACCGGCCCGUGUGCGAGAGAUCGUCUCCAGGAGCCUGGGUGACGGCGGUAUGUCGUCGGGUCUGUCUCUUCAGGACGAGAACCGGGUUCUUCAGGUAGAACUGAGUCGUGUGGAGGAUCUUCUGGCUCACAGUCGAGCAGAACGAGAUGAACUGGCCAUCAAAUACAGCGCCAUCAGCGAGAGACUGGAGCAGGUGCUGCAUCUGGAGACGGGUGAGGAGGGACGCGGCUCUCCGGAGUCUCGCAGUCUGGCGCAGCAGAACGUGGAUCUGCGCAGACGCCUGGACGAGGAGCAGGCGGCGUAUAAACGCAAGCUCACGGCCUAUCAGGAGGGGCAGCAGAGACAAGCGCAGCUCGUGCAGAAACUACAGGCCAAGGUCCUGCAGUACAAGAAGAAGUGUGCGGAUCUGGAGCAGACGCUGCUGGAGAGAUCCACCGGUCAGUGUGACGGCAGCAGUAACGGUCAGCGGCGGGACGAGGACGAGCCGAGCAGUGAGCUGGAGAGCGCCCUCAUCCGGCUGGAGGAGGAACAGCAGAGGAGCAGCGGCCUGUCCGCCGUCAACGCUAUGCUGCGGGAGCAGCUGGAGCAGGCCGGGCUGGCCAAUGAGGCGCUGAGCCAGGACAUCCGCAGACUCACGGCUGAUUGGACCAAAGCCAGGGAGGAGCUGGAGCAGAGGGAGUCUGAUUGGAGGAGAGAGGAGGAGUCUUUCCACAGCUACUUCAGCAGCGAACACAGCCGUCUGCUGGCGCUCUGGAGGCAGGUGGUGGGCUUCCGCAGACACGUGUGCGAGCUGAAGAGCGCCACCGAGAGGGAUCUGAGCGAGACGCGCAACGAGCUGGCGAGCGUGGCGCAGAGCGUGCAGCUGCAGUGCGUCAGCGUCUGCGCAGAUCUGCGCAGUCGUGAGGACGGGUCUGCGCUGCUGCUGGAGAGAGAGACGGCCCAGAGGCAGCAGCUGGAGCAGCAGCUCAGAGAGACGGUGACCGAGAUGAUGACCCUGCAGGCCAAGAGCGACUCGGAGAGAGCCGAGCUCAACACACGGCUUGUGGAUGCAGUGAGAGAGCUGGAGCGUCUCAAAGCUCGCGUGGAGGACAGAGAACAGGAAGUCAUAACACUCCGCAGGAAACUGCAGGAACAGAGGAGCCUUGAGGAGACAGAAGUCCAUUCACUGAAAAAACACACUGCAGCGCUGCAGAACACACUCCGAGACAUCACACAGAUGGUGUUGUCUGACAGUGACGGUGUGGACGGAAACACUGAAGAGUCUCUUCUGCCACUAAUACACUCUUCAUCAUCAUCAUCCUCCUCCAUCCUUCCUGACAGCUGUCUGUCUGCUUUACUCUCUACUCUGACCAGCAGACAGAUCCAGCUACAGGAUCUUCGUGAGCGGCUGCAGUCUGCACAGUCUUCAGUGCAGCAGCUGCGCAGGCGGCAGGAAGAGGCGGAGUCAGGCCGGCGGGAGGCAGAGCUCCGAGCUCAGGCGCUGCAGGCCGAGAGAGACGAGGCUCAGAGAGAAAGAGAGAGCACGGUGAGAGAGAGACACCGACUGAGACAGGAGAGAGACACACUGAGCAGCGAGAAGGAUGUGGCGGAGAAGACUGCGCAGACGGUGCAGACGCAGACACAGCUGCUGCAGCUGGAGUGUGAGCGUCUGCAGCUGGCAGCUCCGAGCUCAGGCGCUGCAGGCCGAGAGAGACGAGGCUCAGAGAGAAAGAGAGAGAGCGUGAUCACGACAGCUGAGACAGGAGAGACGGAGCGGAGCAGCUGAGAGAGAGCUCAGCAGCUGUGGGAGGAGUCUGAGCGCCGGGCGUCUUCUCUCCGAGCUGAACUAGCAUCUCUGAGAGAGUCUCUCCAGCAAGAGACAGCAGACCGACAGAUGAUGGAGACCGAGAACAGACAGCUGAGUGACACACUAAACAGGAGCGGGAGCAGUCACACUGAGCUCUCUCUAGCUCUCUCUAAGCUUCACUCGGAGGACUCGUCUCUCAGAGAUUCUCUGGUUAAGAUGAGCAGCAUCAAUGAGAGUCUGGCGCAGGACAAAUCUGACCUCAACGGCCUCAUCGUACAGCUGGAGGAGGAGAAGAACGCUCUGCUGUCUCAGAGAAGAGAAGCGGAGCAGGAGAAGCUGACCAUCAGAGACGAGCUGGUCCGCUCCGAGCAGGACCGACUGGAGCUGGACGCUGUCCGUCUCGCUCUCCACCAAUCGCUGCAGGAGUCUGAGCUGGCCAGGGCGGGGCUGGAGGCGGAGCUUCAGUCGCUGCGGGCCGACCGAGCCAAACUCCAGGACAGGAUCACGCAGCUGAUUGGUGAGGUGGGCGGCUUGGAGGCGGAGCUGAGCUCGGCGCGUGGAGAAGGAGACAGGCAGAGCACCGCCCUCGAGGAGGCGGGGCGAGGGAGGGCGGAGCUUGUGCGGGAGAGGGCGGGGCUUUUGGUCCAGCUGACGGCGUCCGAGAGAGAGAACGCCGCCCUGACGGAGGAGAUCGCCGCCUUCAGGACGGAGCGGGAGAGUCUGGAGACGAGUGUGUUCGAGCUGCAGCAGCAGAUAAAUCAGAUCGAGUCUCGAUGCGAGCAGCUGGAGUCAGAGAACCAGAGCCUGAGACUACGCACAGACGGCAUGAUGGCGGAGCUGAAGCGUUCACGCGCCGAACGAGAGACGCUGGUGUCUCAGAGCGAGAAGGAGAAGGAGGCGCUGAGGGACGCUCUGACGGACGCUCAUCAGGAGGCUCAGCGGUGUCUGCGCUCGGCUCUGUCUGACCACCAGGAGGAGCUGGAGGCGCUGAGCCAGCAGAAGGAGGCGCUGCGCUGCGGGCUGGAGGCGGAGCAGGAGGCGGCGCUCGCGAGUCUUCGUGAACUCCUGGAGGAGCAGACGGCACGCCUGGAGAAAGAGCGCGAGCAGCUUCAGGAGGAGCUCCGUUCCCUUCAGCGUGACAGAGACCGAAGUCUGCUGCAGGCCGAGAGCGACAAACAGCAGGCUCUGUCGCUGAAGGAGGCGGAGAAGGCGGUUCUGUUGGAGAAGCUGAGCGCCCUGCAGGCGGAGCGGAGUACUGCAGCGCUGGAGCUGGAGCGACUGAACCGAGACACGGCCCUGCUCCGGGACCAGCAGCGGACCACGGUCGCGUCUCUAAACGCAGAGCUGCAGGAGCUGCGCGGUGAGCAGCAGGACGCAGCCGGAGCACACGGCCGGGAGCUGCGCAGACUGCAGGAGAGCUGCGCAGACCAGCAGACGCGAGCCGACACGGCGCUCCGAGAGGUGGAGGAGUGUCGCGCGCUGCUGGUGUCCUGCGAGGAGAGUCGCGACUCCGCCAGACGAGAGCUGCUGGAGCUGGAGAAACGGCUGAGCCAGGCGCGGGACGCGGGGGAGGGGCUCAGGCGAGAGGGGGCGGAGCUACGCCACUCCCUCUGUGACGUCACCAAGGAGCGGGACGCUCUCAGCCAAUCAAACGCGCAGCUGAGGGAGGCGCUGAGAUCGGCCGAGAGCGAGAGAAUCAGCGUGAAGCGCGUGUGUGAGGAGCAGCAGCAGAAGCGCUCUCUGCUGGACGAGAGCCUGGCGUCUGCGCAGACGGAGGCGUGUGAUCUGCGCAGCUGUCUGCGUGAGGUGGAGCGCUCCAGGCUGGAGGCUCGCAGGGAGCUGCAGGAGCUGCGCAGACAGCUCAAGGUCCUGGACGCCGAGCGCCAGCAGAAGACCAAGCAGCUGAGCGAAGUACAGUCUCGUCUGUCGCUGGACGAGCAGAAGGACGAGGAGCGCAGCCGAGAACUGACCUCACUCCGACAGAGGCUCGCAGACGCUGAGACCAGCAGAAGCUCUCUUCAGAAGGAGCUGUGUGGUCUGCAGCGGCGUCUGAGCGACAGCGAGGCGUCUCGACUCGAGCGGGAGCGGGAGCUAGCGGCGCAGCUGCAAGAGUCCCGCGGCUCGGAGAAGAAGCUGCAGGACGAGGCUCGUAAGCUGUGUCUGCGCGCUCAGGAGGCCUGCGAGGCGUCUGCGCAGACGCAGCUGCAGCUGAGCGAGGCCCAGGGCCGCCUGGCUGCGACGGAGGCGGAGCUAUCCCGAGCCGAGGCGGGCCGCAGGGACCUGGAGUUCAGGCUGAGCAGUCUGCAGUCGGCCCUCACCCGGACCCUGGGCAUCGGGGCCGGCGGGCGGAGCAGCAGCAGGGGGCGGAGCCCGGCAGGCUCCUCCCCUUCCUCGCUCAGCUCAGGGAGGCUGUCUCGUCACCGGAGCGUGUCUCCGCUGCACUGCUCUCUGUCGCCACCUAAAGACGCGGCGGGUAACGUGAGUCCUGAUAACAGCGCGCUGUCUCCGGAGAGGACCGACGCCCCGCUGCCCCUCGCCCUGCAGGACCUGGACCCCGAGACCCUGCGCAGCGGCCUCAGAGACUUCCUCCAGGAGCUCCGCGGGGCCCAGAGAGAGCGGGACGAGGCCCGGGGUCAGCUGGGGUCACUGCAGAGGGAGCUGGAGGAAGUGACCGGCGAGAGAGACUCCGCCCACCAGCGCCUGCUCCAGCUGCACAGCACACUGCAGGAGAGUCAGGACGAUAAGCGAGCGCUGGACGAGAAGCUGUCUGCGUCUCAAGCUCUGCAGCAGCAGCAGGAAGAGUCUCUCCGAAGAGCAGAGCGAGAUCGACGAGCGCUCAACGAACGAAUCAAAGAGCUGGAGAGAGUGACGCUGAACACCGAGAGCGAGCGCAAGCGUGUGGAGGAGCAGUGCAGCAAGCUGCGAGCGGGCGAGGCUCGUCUGGAGGCGGAGCGUCGGAGGCUGAGGGAGGCUCUGGAGGCGGCUGAGGGGCGGGGCACACGGGUGGAGCUGGGGAGGCGGAGUCUGGAGGGAGAGCUGCAGAGACUGAGACUGAGUCUGUCCGAGAGAGAGACGGAGAUCCAGACGCUUCGAGAGCGGCACGACAGCGCCCUCAGACAGGUGACGGAGGGCGAGGCUCGGGUGGCGUCUCUUCAGCGAGAGGUGGAGCGGCUGGCGGCGCUGCUGUCUAAAGCUCAGGACGGAGAGGCCGUUCAGAAAGAACGAGCGCUCGCUCUCUCACAGAGCCUGCAGGAAGCCAGCGCCGCCCACAGCGCCACCCAGGGGCGGCUCGCAGCGCUGCAGAGGACUCUGGGACAGGCCGAGAGCGAGCGCCGGCAGCUGCAGGAGCGUGUGGAUGGUCUCCGAGCGUCCGUGUCGGACGGGAAGCGUAACAUCACGGUGCUAGCGGAGCGCGUGCAGACGCUGCAGUCGGAGCUGAGCCAGAGCCAGCUGCGCAGAUCUGAGCUAGAGACGGAGCUGCAAAACACACAGGAGGCCCUGCGACAGAAGGCCGAGAGUCUGAGCGAGGCCCAGCGCAGCCUGCAGUCUGCGCAGACGGAGCGAGCGUCUGCAGAGGAGCGCCUGCGCAGCUUACAGAGAGCCGUGGCCUUGCUGGAGACCGAGAAGAGAGAUGCCGAGAGACAGGCCGUCCGGCUGGAGAAGGACAAGGCGGCUCUGAGAAGCACUCUGGAUAAGGUGGAGCGUCAGAAGCUGAAGACGGAGGAGAGCAGCAUGCGUCUGUGUGCGGAGAAAGGUCGUCUGGAUCGAUCGCUCAGCUCGGCCGAACAGGAGCUGCAGGACGCUCAGAGACAGAUCGUGCUGCUGCAGGCUCAGCUGGCGGAGAUGGAGCAGGCCCACAGCGCUGGAGAGCAGGCCCUGCGCGAGCGAGACGACCAGCGCCUGCGUGACAGCCAGAGGGAAGCGGAGCGGACGCUAGCGGCCCGAGAGAGAGCGCACCGGCAGCGCGUCAAGGGUCUGGAGGAGCAGGUCUUCACGCUCAAGGAGCAGCUCCAGCAGGAGAUCCGCCGCAGGACGCCAGCUGAUCUCAGGCCUGAAACAGGAAGCAGAUCUUAACCUGGCCUGGGAUUCUUCUCCGCAAACCUUAAACUGCAUCGCUCUCAGGACUGUUCAACCAAACCUGGAGGGAAACCAUGGAGAAACCAAACCAAGCAGCUUUUCAUUUCAGUGGAACUUUGAGACGUUCUGCAGGAAAGGCAGAGCUGAUGGUAUUUGAUCUGACCUUCUCUCACGCAGGAAGAGAAAGACGAGGAGUGGAGAGAUUUCUAAUCACUUUGAAGGUCAGGGAAGCUGGGUUCUUCUGUCUGGGGUUCAGAUGAGAUAACAGCAGCACAGCUGGAGUAGAUAACAGUACACACCGAAAUAUAUUUCUGAUCAGUAAUUCAUUGCUAAGAGCUUCAUUUUCUCAAUAUUCAUAUUUUUCCUCGGAUUCCAGAUUUUCUAAUCUCAGUAAACAAAUAUUACCCUAUCAUAACAAACCAGACAUAAACGCAAAGAUGAUUCAUAAAUCACAGCUCAAGAAAUCUGUUUGUGUCCAGAGUCACAUAUUUGGCCUUUCUUAGAAAUUAUAGUAAUAUUAACCCGAAACAAAAACCAGUAUUUUGCUUAUAGAAAGUUAAGCCUAGUUUUAGGACCAAUUUUAUGUGGCUUUAUUGUAAUAAGAAACGAGCACAUUUCUUCUCUUGAUUCAUGUUACUGUACUGAAUAUCUUACUCUAAUAUUUAUGUGAAUGAGACUCGUUUCUUUUAAACAAUCGUGAACUGUAAUGUUUUAUCUUUUGUAAUGUAGUAAUAUUACUCUAAUAUUUUUACCUCUGGUUGUUGACGGGUGGCUUUUAUUAAUCAGUGAUGAAUAUCAUACGAGUUCAUCAUUAAAACAAGACCUUCUCUCAAACUCUUCAAACGGACGAUUUAUUCGCUUCCAGAGUCGAGGAACAUGACGGCAAACUAUAUCAAUAAUUGUCAUUUUAAUUCAUUUUCAAAAGCAAUAGUAUUAAGGUGCAGGUUACAUAGAGUUAAGCCAGAAGCAAAGAAAACACGUCAAUGGCUUCUUGUGAAGUUACUAAGAAACAAUAAAAAAACCACAGUUUUCUA